AUGACGAGCAGCACGGGUGGCUAUGGUAUCACCUGGGACAAUGGUUCGCGACAGCCUAUGUUUCUGAUCGUCACUGGAGUUCUCCUAUUCUUCUCGACCAUCGCUGUAGCGCUAAGGCUGUACUGUCGCCUCACCUUCAUACGAUAUGUAGGAUUAGACGACAAGUUCAUGAUUUGUGCGUGGGUGGUCGCAAUCUCACUCGGUAUUCAGAAUGGUUUUCUUGUCAGCUGGGGAACUGGGCGACACAACGCCGAUUUAGAUCAUUCGAUCAUUAUGGUCCCUACGUUCAAACACUGGUAUGCAUAUCAGCUAGUUUACCCUUGGGCGUUGUUAUUCGUCAAAGCUAGCAUACUGGCACUCUACUACCGGAUCUUCACGCAAACGAAUUUCCGCUACGCUGUAUACGCCGUUAGUGUGUUCGUCACAGUUCAGACCAUCGUAGUCACUUUCGUCAACGCUUUCGAAUGCGGCGCGAAAGAGCCAUGGAGAGCAUGGGUCCCUACCUUUCCCAAAGGAUGCAACGACCUUCCUAAGACGUAUUUCUCGAUGGCCUCUGUCAACAUCCUCACAGACAUCUUCAUCCUAGCCAUGCCAAUGCGAGCUUUUGGGCAGCUAAAACUCCAACGAACAAAGCGUAUUGCGCUCUUCGGUGUCUUCAUGGUCGGAGGUAUAGCAGUCAUCGCGUCUAUUGUCCGUCUCUACGCCCUCUGGGUAUACGCUGUAACAGACGACCCACCUUACGACGACAUAUUUAUCCUCCUUCUCUCCCAAAUCGAGAUAAACGCUGCUAUAAUAUCCGCUUCAGCACCCGCCCUCCGCCCACUCCUCAACAAAGCCUUUACCUCGUCCUCGCACGACCGCUCCGGCCCAGGCUACCCAGCUUCUUACGGACAUGGCGGCCAAAACAGCAAGAUGUUUAGUCGCACAGCUAGAACACGUUCGAACGGACAAAUGGAGCUCUACUCGUUCGGCGGGGGCAACAGGACUAGCAAGGUACCAGUAGGCGGUACGCGCAAUACGAGCGAGGAAUCGAUAUUAGGUGUGGACGGUAUUACAAAGACGGUGGACAUGACAAUCGAAGAAGACUAUGUGAGGGAAUCUGUACAUGGGAAGAGCGGAGAGACGCAGGGGUAUGACGGUGUGAGACGCAGCGAUGUAUGA